AUGGAAAAAGAAUGUUUCAGCAUUGUCCGGAAGUGUCAUCAGUGUCAGGAAGCUGUAGUAGAUUUUGUGCACUCCAAUCUUAUCUGCCGUUUUGACAUUCCUGCAACUAUUAUCACAAAUAAUGCUGCAAACUUGAAUAGUCGCCUGAUGGAGGAGAUAUGCGAACAAUUCAAUAUAAUGCAUAGGAACUCUACUCCAUAUCGGCCCAAAGCCAAUGGUGCCGUCGAGACAGCAAACAAGAACAUCAAGAAGAUUUUGAGAAAGAUAAUUCAGAGCUCCAGGCAAUGGCAUGAAAAGUUGCCUUUUGCAUUACUGAGAUAUCGCACUACG